UAGAUUGUCAUAAGGUUAUUUCGAGGUCACUUAUCAUCUUGUAUUUAUUCAUUUUGUGCCUUUCAUCUUUGCGUUAAACAUUUAACAUGCCGGAAAGUUACUUUAUAGGUGUUGAUGUUGGCACGGGUAGCGUACGAGUUGGUCUAUUUACUUCAACAGGUAAUUCGGUUAAAAUUGCUAAAAAGGAUAUAAACAGUUUUAAUCCAAUUCCCGACCAUUAUGAGCAAUCUUCAGAAGAAAUAUGGGCCGCUUGUCUUCACUGCAUCAAAGAAGUUAGUGAGGGAAUUGAAAGUGAAAAUAUUCGUGGUAUAGGAUUUGAUGCAACAUGUUCUUUAGUUGUCCUUGAUAAACAGAAAAAACCGCUAAGUGUAAGCACAACUGGUAAUAAGAAUCAAAAUGUAAUACUUUGGUUAGAUCAUCGAGCACACAAAGAGGCAGAGGAAAUCAACGAGUUGAAUCAUCCGGUUUUGAAAUAUGUUGGGGGAAAGAUUUCCUUAGAAAUGCAAACUCCAAAAUUGAUGUGGUUAAAAAGAAAUAUGAAAGAAACUUGUUGGGAUAAAGCCGGUUAUUUCUUCGAUCUCCCAGAUUUUCUAACAUUUAAAGCUACCGGAAGUGAAAUAAGAUCUUUAUGCUCUUUAGUGUGUAAAUGGACGUACGAAGCUAGUUCAUUAGAAAUUAAAGGAUGGAAUAAACAAUAUUUUCACCAAAUUGGAUUAGAAGAUCUCCUCGAAGAUCAAACAAAAAUUGGUACUUCCGUUUUACCUCCAGGAUCUCCAAUUGAAUUGGGUUUGAAUCAAAAAACAGCUCUAGAAACAGGUUUAAAUCAUCAAACCCCGGUUGGGGUAUCAGCAAUUGAUGCUCAUGCUGGUGGACUUGGAAUUAUAGGCAGUUUUGUUGAUUGUGUAGCAAAUAAAUUUAGUAUCAGAUUAGGUUUAAUUUGCGGCACAUCAACUUGUCAUAUGAUUGUUUCUGAAAAUCCAAUUUUUGUUAAUGGCGUUUGGGGCCCAUAUUAUAGUGCCAUGAUACCCGGAAUGUGGUUAAACGAAGGUGGGCAAAGUGCUACGGGGAAACUUAUUGAUCACAUAAUCAAUACUCAUCCAGCUACAUUAGAUUUAAAAAAGAAACAUCCAAAUAAAAUCAUACAACAAGUUCUUAAUGAUUUUAUUGAAGAAAUUGCUGAGCGAAAAAAUCUUCCUUCAAGUUGUUUUUUAACCAAAGAUUUUCAUGUUUGGCCAGAUUUUCAUGGAAAUCGAUCACCAAUUGCUGACUCAACACUUAAAGGAAUGAUUUCUGGGUUGCAAUUAGGAGUAGAUGAAGAAGAUUUGGCAAUCACUUAUUUAGCCACGCUUCAGUCUUUAGCAUACGGAACUAAACAUAUCUUAUCGGAACUAGAAAAAUCUGGUCAUCAUAUCGAAGCGGUUACAAUUUGUGGUGGUUUAAGUAAAAAUAAAUUAUACGUCCAACUCCAAUCGGACGUAUUAUCUUUGCCAGUGAUAGUACCGCAUGAAGAAGAACCUGUAUUAUUGGGUGCAGCUAUAUUAGGAGCUUGUGCUGCUAAUUUCUUCGAAAAUAUUGAAGCUGCAAUACAUUCAAUGGCUGGGAAAGGAGAUGUUGUAUGUCCGGAUGUUAAUACUCAAGAUUAUCACCGUAAAAAGUACCAGGUGUUUUUAAAAAUGUUAGAACAUCAAAAAGAAUAUAAAUCAAUAAUGAGUUAAGUUUUAAAAGUUUUU